ACAACAAUAGGGGUUGGGCCGCCAAACUAGGAGAGGAGAGAGAAUGGAUACUCAAGAAAUCUAGUGAAAAUACCCAAAAGCCCAAGUUACUAAUGAAUUACUCUUCCAAUACCGGAGUCACCAAAACCACAAACUUUAUCGGCAAUUUGAUCUGAGCUCCCCGGUCCUGCCGAACUGAUUAAACACAGAUCUAUACCCAGAUUUAGCGAUCAAGUAAUUCUUUAACCACAGCAGCUCCAAAACUGCUUCCUGGUGAGUGACAUUUUUUAUUUUAUUUUUUGAGUUGAAAAACACAUUUAGUACUAGUUCUCUUUCUAAAAUUUAUCUUGUGAUUGAACUUAUAGCACAAUUUAUUGGCAGAACAGAUAAAAAAAAAUUCCAUCUCCUUUUCUGGGUUAAGGUGCGCUGCUGAGUUGGUGUCGCACAUGAACUGUUUGAUCUUUUGUCUCACUUAAAAUAUAGCUCUUUCUUGAUUGCGGGAAAAAAACAUUCUCCAGAAAAAAUGGAGUUUCUUGGCAACUUUAAAUUGUUUGGAUGAAGCCUUAGCCUCGUAGGUAUAUCAAUAGAGUGUAUAUAAGUACAUCCUUCUGUGGAGUUGCAAUGGAAUUUGAUUGAUUAGUGCUGAAAUCCAAUGCUUAUUCUUUGGUGCCGGAAGAAUGGGGGUGAGUAUAGUAGGAGAAAAAGUUAUUCUGGUGCCAUACAUGAAGGAUCAUGUGCCCAGGUACCAUGUUUGGAUGCAAGACCCUGCCAUCCUCCAAGCCACCGCGUCUGAGCCGCUUACACUCGAUCAAGAAUACGAGAUGCAGCUUUCGUGGGUUCAAGACCCCCUUAAACAGACUUUUAUAGUGCUGGACAAAGAAUUAGUGGUUGGAGAGUUCAUCCAUGGGGAACCUCGUACUGAUGCUAUGGUCGGUGAUGUGAAUAUAUUUAUGAACGACAUUGAUGAUUCUCUGAUAGCAGAGGUAGAAAUUAUGAUCGCGGAACUAAAAAGUCGCGGCAAAGGACUAGCAAAAGAGUCAAUCUUGCUGAUGAUAGCCUUUGCAGUCAAGAAUUUUGGCAUCCACAACUUUCGUGCAAAAAUAGGUUUAUCAAAUGAAGCUUCACUGAGACUAUUCAAAAAGCUGGGCUUCAUGGAAACUUCUUGCAGUGAGAUCUUCAAAGAGGUUACGCUGGAAUUUCCAAUAACGGAAUUGAAGAGGGAGGAACUGCAUCAGUUAUUAGCCAAUGCUGCAACUUACUUUUGAUCCUUCAAUAUAUAUCAUUCUUGUGGCAAGAUACAAUGUCUUUUAUAUCUGUUUAACAUGGUUUAUAUUCUUAGACUAACUCUUAUGGGUUUAAUAAAUUAUUAUUACUAAAUGCAA